AGCGUUUUUACUUUUAAACUUAUUAUUAAUAUUUUUUUCCUGGAAAAUAUACGGUAAACGUAUUUGUGUACGUUUUAUGAAGCCACGUAGCUACUUCUAAAGCUAUUGAAGAUUUAAGAUCAAGUGUUUCUAAAUUAAAAUUGCCUAAAGAACAUUCACCUAGAAUUUAAGAGAUGGCUGACAAAAUUAAGAAGUUUUUUGCCAAGAAAAAAGUUGAUGCAAAGUUUAAGCUAGCAGGGCCGGGCCAUAGACUAGAUUCGUCAUCGUCAUCAUCGGUUAAUAUACCCAGUAAGGUCAAAAGUGAUUAUAAGACUCCAUCUAAACAAGAACCUUCAGAAGCUCGCAGACAAGCUGCUGAAGCAGCAUUGUUAAGAGUACAAAGUCAGCAAAGAAAACAGAAUCCUGCAUUUAAUACGUCUUUGGCAGCAAUUCAGGCACAAGUUAAAAAGGAAUUAGAUGCUGAAAAUAAACAGAAACAGCCAUCAGUUGCAAGCAAACCAACUGAAAGUGAACCUAUUGCAUCAUCUCAUCUAGCAGUUAAAGGUGUUUACUUUCGCUGCCCAAUAAUAAAUGAUGAAAUUUUAACAAAAGAAGAGUGGAGAGGAAAAAUAAAGGAGUUUUUGUUCAACCAGUUGGAAGAAGAAAGAGGUUUAACAGCAUGUUUGAUAAUAAAUUCAUGCAAUUACAACAAAACAAAGGUAAAAGAAGGAAUAGAAAUACUAUCUAAAUACUUAGACAAUAUUAUAAAUAAUCCAGAAGAAGUAAAAUACCAUAAAAUUCGAUGCUCCAACAAUACUUUCAAAGAAAAAGUCACUCCCCUGUUAGGUGCAACUGAACUGUUACAUGCAGCAGGUUUUCAAAUUAAGGAAUUGGAGCAUAAUGGAAAUAAAGAAGACUUCUGGGUAUUUGAGAAAGAAAAUGUAGAAGGAAUAGAAACUUUGGAGUUCCUCAAAGAUGCACUGAAUUCAGAAGAUAGAAUAGAACUUGAGUUGGACAGAAAUUUGCAAGUUCUUUCACCAGCUCAAGCAGCAAGAAGGGUUGAACUCCCACCUGAUUUUUAUGCACUAACAGCAGAUGAAUUAAAACGAGAAAUGCAGCUGAGAACAGAAGCUAUGGAAAAGCAGAUGCAACUUCGAACAAAAGCUAUGCGAGAAAAAGAUGAAUCUAAGGAAAUUAGAAAAUAUAAGUUCACACUAAUUAGAGUGCGAUUUCCAGAUGGUUUAUAUCUACAGGGUACAUUUUCUGUUUAUGAAAAAUUCGAGGAGGCAGUCAAUUUUGUAAAGGAAAAUUUAGAGAACUCAGAUGCUCCUUUCAUAUUAACAUCUCCAACAGGCCAGAAGUUCGAAGAAUCAGACUAUAGCAGUACCUUUUUCCAACUGAAAUUAGUUCCUGCAGUUAUCCUAACAUUUCAAUGGGAUCCUCUUAUUGCUAAUCAAAUGGCAAAGAUUAGUAACACGUUCCUCAAACCGGAAAUAAUGAUGCUUAUGCAGUCAAUGUAAACAUUUAUGCUUUCUGUAAGUGAAAAAAGUACCAUCUUUUCCCGGAAUUGUAAAUGGAGAGGUAUUUAAUGGUUAUUGGUUGCCUUUGGAUGUUUAAAUGUAAAGAAAUAAUUGCUGAAAAAAUAAUUGUAAAUGGUAAGAAUUAUGAUGUUGAAGAAUAUAAGAAUUAGAAUUUA